CCGACCAAAUAUUGACUAGGGGUGAGACAGCAAAUACAUAGAUGAGUGCUUGUUUAGCCUUGAAUACCUCCUCAUAAGCCAAUGAAACCAUUUGAUAUACUUAGCUAAUAACAAAAAGAAAUGCAUCAAUUUAUAUCGCUUGAAUUGCCUCCAUCAUGUUGUUCCGCCCGCACUCAAAAUGCAGCUGCGCUCUGUCAUCAUGAAUCACAAGCCUAAGCUGUGUUCACCGCUCGUUAUUCUGCUACGCGGCGGCUGCUUGCACUUGACGAAUGGAGAAACGAAUGAAUGAAUUACGGGUGCCAAUGUUGGUGUAUGUAAUAUUGUUGUUGUUGUUGUUGAUGGUAGUAUUGGCGCUACGUUCGUGGUCGUCAUCGUCGUCGUCGUCUUGUUAGAUACAACUGCUUACGGCUGCUAUUACCAGCAUAUUGUUUGGUAGUGCGUGUAGUCUGGCCUGUGGUUUCUAUCUGGACGAAGGUGGGAAUAAUAUUUGCUGGUUGGUUCUUACUAUAUCAAACGCAUUGCGGCUAUCAACCCUUGUGCUUGUUAAUGUAUAGACCAAGUGUUCAUUCAUGGUGGCUUAAGAAUUAGAAGAUCAAAUGGCAUAAGAAAUGUCUGUUCAGGGCGCCUGCACUGUCAGGAUGUGGCAUAAAAUUGAUUGAGCGUAACUUGAAAUCGCUGUUAUUCUGCUGGAAUAUACGACAACGCACACCAACCGUUCGUCCGCUGCCCGGCACAGAUAAUAACAGCAUCAUCAUCAUCACUAUCAGGGCAGGACCGGAGCUACCGUCUGACUUGUGCUCGUUUACUUUUUCGUCUCGGAAGCCAUCAUUGCUCACACGAAGUUCUCGUAACCACUGCGUUUACGAUUAAAAUUGUAGCCACAGGACGUGAAGUAGCUAUUCGGACGAAUUCCCAGUUGAGCUAACUCCCUCAUCGUGGGGUGUUGAGGUCGACACCUUCCGUUGAAUCCUUAUAUAUACAUACAUUUAAGCAUCAUAUCGGAUUGAUCCUCGUAAUUUUGCGGCAGUUGGACCAAAUCUCUUGUGUUUAGAAACGGUGACGACGACAACAACAACAACAACAGUAGCAGCAGCAGCAACAACAACAACUUAUUAUAAAAUCAUCACUGUUUACCUACGGGACGGCCGACGCAAUCAAUCAGGAUGGUGGGCAGUGGCCUAGGCUUGACCGCCGAGUCACUGGAUCAGUUAAAGGCCUGGCUCCGAAGCUGUCUUCUCGAUGCGUAUGGUUGGGGCUCGGAUUGCGAGAGCCUCAUGAAGUACGUUGUGGCACUGGUGAAGAAGGAUCGGAGCACAGAGGAACUUCGUAGUGACUGUCUCGAACAGCUUAAGGUUUUUUUCAACGAUAAUACGCAAAAGUUUGUUAAUGAACUUUUCGACUGUUUGGAGUCAAAGGCUUACCUCGAACCUUACGGUAGUAGAGGCGCUGGAGACCGGGGCAAAAAGAAAAGCGACGAACAAUCCGACAAAAGUGCUGGAGCGGAAGGUCUUGCGUUCAUUGUUGACAAAAAGCCUGACCCGAUGAUCGUAUCAAUGGCCAACAAAGACAAGGAAAGAGAAGAAAAGGCGGGGGCUCUUCGCGACCGGAGCCGAAGUAGAAGUCGUGAACGGAGUAAAGAUGAAGAACGAAGCAGGAGCCCUCACGUGGCGCCUAGUCAAAGAAGACGUUCGAGAUCACCACUGAGAAGGUCGCGCUCUCCACCUCCAAGGCGAUUUAGGAGCCGUUCCAGGUCACGCUCUCGCGAACGAUAUCGCGGAGGUCGUAAGGGGCGUUCCCGCAGUCCACCACCGGGACGGCACCGAGGGCGAAUUACCGCGAGGCAUUCGCGUUCGCGAUCUCGUUCACCUGCGCCACCUCCACUUCGCGACCUGCGCGACACACUAACCCGUAAACACAAUAGCUCGCUGGCUGCCACAGGGCAUCUCGGCAGCCGACGCGAACGGUGUCGUGAUUUCGACGAACAGGGCUUCUGUAUACAGGGUGAGCUUUGCCCUUUCGACCACGGGACCGACCCUGUCAUCCUAGACUCUACUGUUCCUCCACCAUACAAUCCGACGAUGCGUGGCGGCAAUGGCGUACCGAUAGCACCAGUGGUUCCAGAAUACAAUCCGCUUGAACCCGAUAUGCGGCAUACCCAUCAGCAACCACACGGGCCCCAUGACCACUCUGUACAUUCUCAUCCGCCGGGUCACCAUCACCUUACUGGUGCUGGGCCGUACGGCACAGGUGGUGGAACAGUAAGCGGUAGUUGGAACUACCAGCCUGGCCCACCAGCGCCUCCAAGCGGAGGUGGCGUUGGGCCACCGCACGUGCAGCGGGAAUUGGUCACGAUUCCUCGCAACAACUUGACGCAGGUUCAGCGGACUGUUGUGGCUCCACAACAUGAAAACCACAGCAACAAUCCUCGGGGUCCGCCCCCCACGCGAUUCCAACGCGGAACAGAACUGGAGGUUCGUAGAAUUCCGCGCGCGCAAAACAAUAUAGCUACUUUGAAUGAGUAUUUCUCAAAGUACGGCACCAUUACUAAUAUUCAAGUUAACUUCCAAGGCUGCCCAGAGAGUGCUUUGAUUAGUUUUUCAAAACACCAUGAAGCUAAUGGCGCAUAUCGGUCGACGGAUGCCGUCUUAGGCAAUCGGUUUAUUAAGCUUUUCUGGCACAACACGAACAGUAACAAUAUUGCUUCAGGAGGAGUAACCGUGCUGGGCGGAAAUCAACCAACUCACGGUAAUAUUAAUCAUAAUAACAACAAUAGUAGUGCAGGAGGAGUACAGAUUAAGAAACGGCUGCCACAGCAGCAGCAGCAGCAGCAGCAUGGUGGCUUGGGUGGCCAAGAUGACGUAAGUGCCCCGCCAAAAAAGAUACCGAAACCAAACCCCGAGGCACUCAAAAAAGAUAAUCAAGCCGAUAAAUCGGCCCAGUUGAUUUCUCAAAAGAGCCGUUUAUACGAAAAGUAUGUCGAGGAGGAUAAGCGUUUGCGUGAACGUUACGAGAAGUCAACUUCAGAAGCAGAGAAGGAGCAGAUCAAAACCUUGAUGGCAAAUUUAGCAAGGAUGAUUGACAGCUUACGGCCAAAGCAGGCCCCUGGCGCAUUGUUGCCAGAAAUAACAAGUGAGAAACAGCUUCUCGAUGCUGAGCUUGAUCUCUACCGCCAAAUGCAAGCGAAGCAGCUGCAAAAUCCUGCAGAAGCAAGACAACUUGAGCAGAAACUGAUAGCGCUUCGUCAUAAGGCAAAAACGUUAGGCCUUCUCGACUCAGCUAACGUUUGGCAUGGCCGUCUCGGUCACAAGGGAUUACUUGCCGGUCAGGCUGCUGCCGGUUCAAUGAAGGCUGCCUCAAGUAAGGUUCACGGUCAGUUAGCAAUCGAUAAACGGCCGCGCGUGGUUGCCGUACUUUCUGGCCAGCUAGAAAUGGCCGGUUUGUGUAAACACCUUUCGCGAUACGGUAAGGUCGCAAAUGUUGCCGAAGAGGGUGAAGGCGAUGCCAAACAUUUUUUGUUCACGUUUGCAACACGAAAAGAUGCUGAGUUUGCCGUUAAUCGAGGUGGCUUGUUUCGAGGUGUACCGCUUAAGUGGCACUGGAAAGAGGACCAGCACCAACAAGUUCAGCCCUCAAAAACGCCGACGGUUCAAAAAGAAGCAGAGCUAAGGGACUCGAAUAACAAAGAAAAAAAUAACAGCACAGUAGCCGUUAAUGAAAAAGCAGAAGAAAACGCUGUCGGACCCGCUGGAGACUCAACGAGCAGCACAGUUACAACAAUAUCACCUACUACUACUACUACUACUAAUACUACUACUACUACUAAUAUUACGACUAGUCAGGCUUCAAACACUUCAGAAAUAGGAAAAAGGUCAACAGGUGCAGCAGGGGACGAUUCUGUAUUAGGGUUGUCGGCAAACGCGGCGCACAAGUUGAUUGACAAUAACAGCUGCGCGAACGAUGUAGAUCAUAGGGGUCUUCUCGAAGACGACGACGAUGAUGAGGAGGCGAGGUCGUGGCGGCAUUAGGCGAGGAGACAGUACGUGCGUAUAUAUAUAUAUAUAUAUAUAUAUAUAUAUAUAUAUAUAUAUAUAUAUAUAUAUAUAUAUAAAGAAAAACGUUCAUAUAUAAUGAAGGCAAGGCCAUGGCGUUUGUUGUACCUAGCGCUGUGUAUGUGUUGUUGAAUAGAAGUCAGUACAGCAGGCCUUCGGCUUUCCGAAGCGAAAGGCUGUUUGUGCCCUCGGUUGAACACAGCCGUGUCAUGAGUCUGUGUUAGCUGAUUAUCGAGGUGAGAUAGAAAUAGUAUUUGUAAGUCAAUAAUAUUAACGUCGUACGUUUUUUGUCGCGGUACGAAAUACAAGUUCAACUGAGUAACUACAGUCGUCUAUAUCUAAAAGCUGUCAAAACCUCUUUCGUAAUGGGGGUCAGCGGGUAAUGUAAAAUGGGACACAGAAUCUGAAACGACAUUUACCUGGGGCCCGUAAGAUGAUUCUUCAUUCAGUUACGCUUCAAUGUAUACUAAGAUCGGUGAAAAAUGUCUGGCUGCACACAGCGCAUGUACGUGGUGAAAACACCAGAAGAACCUGUACAGCUGUUGCCUUCGAUACUUUUCAAAGGCCAGGUACAGCAGCUAGGUACAACAAAGGCUCUUUUUUCAUACUAAUAACGAAUGAACGAGUACCAAGACAAAAUUAUCGAGACACCUUCUAUUAAAGACUGAGAGGCCUAUGAGGCGUAAGAAUGGAAGUAGUUUCAUUACUAUGAUUAUUAUUUUUACUUCAUCCACUACUGCGAUUGUUAUAGUGAUAAUGAUAAUGUAUUGCUUAAAUUGUGGAUGACGCCAUACAAAUUGAGUUAGUUCUACGUGUCAUGAAUUCCCGGUGGGCCUCAAUGAUGGAUGAUACGACGGACUGACUGGUCAGUACAGUGACGAAGGGAUGGUCUUGUUCAAAACUAGGUUCAAGCCUGCUGACUUGGCAAGCAACGAAGUUAGUAAGUCGGACCAGAAGCUUGUGUUGGCGCUAAAUAUCGAUUGAAUGUGUAAACACUGUAGUUGUCGAGCUGCCGAUCUUGAACUGCACGGCAGUAACGCUAACUCGCCAAUGGCGCGCCCGUUGGUCUAUCUGUCGCAGCUAAAUAGACAGCGGACGAAAAAAAUAGCCUAUUACUACAAAUGGACGGACGGAUGCACGUGUUUGGACGACUCGACAUUAUUAUUAAUAUUAUUAUUAUUACUACUAUUACACGGAUAAAACGAUAAAUAAAAAGAGCUAUGCUAUCAUACCUAUAAUGUAUAACAUUGCGACAUUGUAACAUUUCCGUUGUUGACAACUGAGGUGUGAUGAAAAAGCAUACAAAAUAAAUUUGUAAGCUAGCAACGUAAGGGGUACCUAAUUGUGUUAAAGAGGAGAUGAAAAACAACCCAUGAGUUGGGCGAAUGAAAACGAUAAAAUAAUAAUAAUAAUCAUGAUUAUUAUCUUUACUAUUAUUAUUAUUAUAACAGUUAUGUGUACGUGGAUGGAAUGAAGCGUGGCAAGGACCAGUAAACUGGCGUGGAAGAGGUAAAGCUGAUUGACACCACAAAGAUAUGAAUGUGUCCAAUUAUAUUUCUUAUACCUCGUAAUUAAAGGCUAUUAACAGUGUCCAUUAAAUUAGCACUUAUCAUGUCUAUUGGUUUAAUCCCCUGUAAACAGAAACUACGAAUAACAUGGAAAAUGCAUUUCACUGCGGAAUGUACCAUAAUCAAGUAACCUUAAAAACAUAUAUUGGAGUCGACAACUUGGCAAAGAGGUGAGAUUUGAAUUUCUAUUAAACUAAAAGUAUUAUGGCAUUGUGUUUUCGGUGAAUCGUUAUAACCAACGCGUUGUCGUAUUGGCAAUCAAACGAAUUCGUGGCAUACUCUAUCGGUUGUUGAACAGCUUUAAGUGGAACACAGCCGGAAUUUGUACCGCUAUUAUCACCACGACGACAGGCGAUUAGUACACACAACGGUACACAUCCACAACAGUGACAGUAACUGCAGACACACGAUUUAUAAUGCGAUUGCGAAGGAUGUACGACCGGAUGCACUAUGAAAAAUUAAUAAAGCGGAACUCUUUGGACGACUAGCCAAUAUCAAAAAAAAAAAAACGAAAACAAUGCGCAACUAUGAAAAACCUAAAGAAGUCGCUGACGAAAAACAAGUCGCCACCGGAAAAACGGAACAAAUAAUAUCUAUAGUAAGUUUAAGAUUUUAGUUUAAGUAAGUUUAAGUUGGGUUGAUUCUAGCUUGAAUAGAAGAAGACUGAGCUGAAGAGAAAAAAUAUGAAAAGAAUAUAUCAAUAUCAAUAUAUAAAGCUAUAAUUACAUGCAAAUACAUUUAUCUAUCGACAUAUAAAAGAAAAGAGGGGAAAGGAAAGACGUUCUGUCCUACCUUUUCUUUUUAUAAAGUCGGUGGCGUAGAAUGACAGGCUGGCUAAAGAGUGAGUUUGAAUAGAAUCGGACGACUUUUUACUUACGUAGUUUAUACAUUGCUAGCUUUGCAUUGUAGAACAUGGUGUAUACGUACAUGUUCGAGAAGGAUGCGUCGUGGCAUGGAGUGCACAUUCGAAGCUCUUGGUGGCUAAUGCAGUUUGUCGGCGUCUUCAGAGGACCAUUAAAAAUUCCCAGGUGCAACAUUCUGAGUUACUAUGGCAAUUUCUGGAAAACCUGACUCAACUCAAGUAAUUAGCCUAUUUAGCAUAAUAAUAGCCUAUGACGCAUUUAGCCAAAGACCUCACUAGUUUAGGUGCAGAAAUAUCUUUAGUGAAAACAAGCUGUAUUCGUAAAUAUUCAGCCAUUUUAUUAGAAACGAAUACAAACAUAAUGAUCUUGAAAUGACCUUCUGGAAAUUGAAAUUCGUCAAAGACAUUGUCGUGCAUGUGAAAAACAGCGGAUAUGACACGACAUAAAUGUGGAUCGCUCCAGACGUGCCAUGUAUGGGUCCUAGUUAAGGUUUUUGCCGGCUCAUCUAUAGGUAUAAUGAAAACUGGAAUAGUGACUAAACAUUUUAAUGCUCUUCUGCUGUACCAUGUGUAACCAAUAAGGUUAUCGAUAAUACUAAUCAAAAUUAGCGUUCAUUGGGUGUGCCAGCUUGAUAUAGAUGGGAUCAGUUUUUCUCAGUUUCCAGUUUUUCUCAGUUUCCGCGGGUUAUCAACUGAAGAAAAAAAUGGUUUUAAUAGUCAGCGCCUUAGCGAGUACUCAAUUAAUACAAAAGUAAUUAAGGUUUUAACUUUACUAUUUUGCCGAGUUCAGACCCCAAAUAUGUACGUUCAUGGUAGAGCAAGUACAUUUUCGACACUCAUUCUAUUUCUACUAUUUGGCGAGGUCCAAGAGCUACUGAAACAGCUUGGGAUAAUUGUGCCAUGUAUAAUGCAGAGUUGCCGCUUAAAAAGACAGUUCAAAGGUAAUUUGCGAAAUUUAGUAAUAGCAUCUUAGAACUAAAGGAUGCAGAUCACUCCAGUCAGCCAUCCGAGGUUGAUGAGGGCCGGUGAGACAUUCUUGAAGAAAGGCGGUUGACGAAUAGGGUAUGAACGGGCAAAAAGAUGAACCGCAGUUAUGCGUUCCUUGGUAGGUAUUUUAAAUCCAUAGAAUGUAAUAAAAAAUAGGGACUUUCGUGCUCCAUAAACUGAGUAAAAAGCACAAGCUAACACGGUUUCUCAUUGUCUUUUAAUAUCUCAUUCGGCGCCGGAUAGCACAUACCCACAGUUACAGGUUUCUUCACAGAAUUAUUACGGAUGACGAGAAACGAUGUUGCCACACUGAAGGAAGUAUUGAAAAAUGGGUAGUUCCAUCCAUUUGGGACACCUGAACUAAGAGCUAAGCGAGACCCUCAUCCGACAAAAAACCAAUCUGCGUCUGGUGAUAUCGGAAUGAUUCUAUAGAUCAGCAAACUCUUGAAAGGAAUCGGGAUCUGUGUAGGGUUUAGUUGUAUCGAUUGAUCGACAUUAUUUAACACCGAAAACCGAAUAAACAAAAUAAGGUCGUCAUUUUUCACGGCAAUACCCGGCAAAAAUGGUAAAAAUCGUUGAAGCCUUCCUGCAAAAGCUUGAAUGGUACGUUAUUUUACAUUCAACUUAUUCUUGAAACUUCACGUCAACGGGCUGCCACCAUUUCGUAUUAAUUACCAAUUUAAUUCGUAACAGUAAAUUUGAUGGUUUCGGGAGUUGACUGCAUGAGUUUUUCAACGUUGAUUCAAGAUGCUCUGAUGAGAAGGAAUACAUUUUUUGAAAAAUAAGGGAAGCCUGUGGAGGGUGACGGCGAAUACAAAGAUUACCUUGUUUUUAGAAUAGAAGAGUAAAAUGUCGCUUUUUUAGGUAAAACGUCAUUUAUUAUGAAACUAGUAGAUAUUGAGUGAACAAAUGUUUUAUAUAAAUUUAUCAAUAUUGUGCAUUUUUUUUUUGCUUUUCUUCCUCUGGCUGACAUGGCAUUAGGUCGAGUGUUUAUAUGAGCAGAUCCGCAGAACCAAGGGUGUCGGUUGAGAGAUCAAAAUACUUCCUUCAUACGCAUCGAAAACAACGUGAUAACAGAUUUAGACUAUAUUAGAACUAAGUUAAAAAUACAGAGCACUUUCUUUUAGUAGAACAGAAUUUCACUUAACUAAGGUAAAACAAAUUUAAAGUUUCUUUUCACACAUCUUUAUAUAUUGGGUUAACGAAGAAAUAUUGACUGUUUUGCUAGCUAGAUGGCUGGAAGGCUACAUACCGCAGGUAAUAUGAGUUGCGUCAGGGCGGUAUCGGCGUUAUUUGAAAGCUUUAGUAGUAACAAAAUAUAUUGAACUCUCGAAACGCCUUUGUUGAGACUUAAGAUAUAUAUAGAGCCUUGAAUAUGGGUAAGAUUUUUGCAAAAAUCAGGUAUAUUUUACAAUUCCAUUGCGAUAGAGGUACAGAUGUUGUCCGGACCUAUAAAAAAUUAUACUGUUUGUAAUAAACAUAGGUUAUUAGAAGAAACAGUAUAAAAUAGUUCUGUCGCUUUCGUCCUAUAUAUAUUGAUGUAAAAGAUGCUCCUCGUCAUUAUUACGUACAAAUUAUGUAAAAAGCUGGCAAAAUUAUUGCGAAAGCUGGGCGAGACCAAUACGUGGCAAUGGUAUCGCCAGUUCAUUAAGCAUUCAUUAUCAAACAGUUCCAAGCAAUUUAAGAAACCUGGAUACCAGAAAAGCUCGAUGUUUGAGUGGCACACGAAUUGUGGCAACAGAUUUUACGCAAUUGUAUUUCCAUCUGCAAUUUUCUACAGAAACGCAACAUUUUAAAACAACAACAAAUUAUGUUUAAAGCGUUUGAUCGACCUAAAGCGUUUGAUUAACAGAAAAAUGUAUGUGCUCUACAACCUGUCGUAAAGGCCAGACUUUCCUUAAAAAAGGUGAUGCUAUGUGUUUAGUGGAAUUGGAAAAGAAUCGUGUAAUAUAAGUUGCCGCCACCUGGUCAAAUAGUUAAUCUGGGCCUCUAAAAACCAACGAAAUGACAACAAGCUGUCGAAAAAAAUCGAUCAGAACUAGUGAACGGGAAAGGCGUUGUCUUCUACCAUGACAAUGUCCGACCACAUACACAUUUGGCCAUUCAGCAAAAAUUGAGAAAGCAAUUGGAUGGAAAAUUUCAAUGCAUCCCCCGUGUAUCCUGGAUUUUGCGCCAUUAGAGCAUCAUCCGUUUCGAUAUUUGUAUAACUUCAAUAAUGCGAAUUUAGUCUCAAUGGUAGGAUGCAAGAAUCACUUGUUACAACUUUUCCCCAUAAACCACAGAAGUUCUGCAGAAAUAAGAGAAAAUCAUUGAUCAAAAUAAUGCAUAUUUACCUUCGUAACAAUAUUUCAAACUAAAAGAAAAAUCGCUGUAAUUUUGGCUUAAAGCGGUUAAUACUUUUUCGACGACCCAAUGUUAGAGUUGGCAUUCUGUAAAUGAGCGUAGCACAUAAUACAAUAUGUGAUUAUUAAACGAGUAUAUACUGAUUUUUUCGCAAAAAUAUUUUUUAUUUUGAAACAACUUCUUUUCUUCAUAAUUUUUGUAGUAAAAUUUGAAUAAAAAAUGUUUAUUGUAUGAUCUUGCGUAGAUCACGUGAUCUAUGGAACAUGUCUUCUUCAAAUGUUCACGGAUCUUACCCUACCGUUGCACGUGCUUACAUACAUUAUCAUUAAUUGACAUCAUAUAUAGAUGGGCGAAACCUUUUACAAUUUCUAUCAUUACUACAGGGUAUGGUAUUUCAAAAGAUCGUUAUCAAUGAUGAUUUAGACUGCUGUCGUUUGUUUUUGCUAUAUCUUCAUAGAGUAUAGUUAUCUACUUAUAUCUGUAUAUUACACAUAUUGGACUACUUUUCCAAAUGUCUAUCUGUCAAUCAGUGUAACUAUACAGUCAAAUAUACUUGAACAAUUAUUGUGGUUUCUCUUACAUUCUCUACCGUUCUCGUGAAUGCGUCGUUUCAAUCGCCUCCCCUGGUCUUUAUAUAGUCAGCGAAUCUGGUGCUCCUUCAUUGCAACUUAUUCAUUUGUAACGUUCCAUCUGUCGCUAUUGCUACUUUACGUAGAUACGACUGUAACAGAAGUAUAGCACUCUCGUAUUUAUAUAAUGGAGCAAUAGUCGAUCAUACGAAGGCGCACUUCAAACAUUUUUAGGAUAUGUUUUAGAAUGAGUAAAGCCAUAUACUUUAUUUUUCGUGUUUCAAACUCUUAUUGAAUAAUCACAGAUUCAGGGAAAGAUAGCUUCAUUUAAUAACAACGCAAGCACAUUCAUCCAACGCUGUCUUCGACAGAAAAAUCAUUUGGUUGCCAUCGUCAACCAUCAACGUUGACACCACUUCUUUUGGGUUUUCUAUUCUAAAGCGAUUUGACAAAAGCGGUCAAUAUUUGGCCAAGAGUUUGAACAGAAACAUAUUUAUGAAUGCUCAACUAAACUUACAUAAAUGGCAUAGCAGAAUGAAAGUAUAUAGUAUAUAAUUAUACGUAGUAAUACGAAAAUUGUUCUUUCAAUUUUAUUUUUAUCUCCGUUCAUUUUGUUAAACAAACAAUAGUGUAUGGUGUUCUUAUUUCAUUGAAAACAAAAUCUUUUGUUCAUUCGCAGUUGUUUGCUUAAGAAUCGCUGAGUUAUUUAAACUAAUUUAGACAAUGCUUUACUUAAUCUAAUAAUCUAGUAGCCAUUUUGACGUUAUUGUGCUUAAAGACUAACCCGGACGCAAAAGGAUCGUGUAACCCUUUAGGUUUCGAAAUAAAUUGAAGUAGGGGGUAAGUGCCCUAAUAUUGACCCUACCCUCCUUUUCUAUAACAAACUCAGAAGAAUUAUACAAUAGAACAAUGCAAACAAGUUAGCAACUAUACACAGGAAAAGUUUUUUGUUGCUUUUCACCUUUUUGUGCCAUGCGCUUUUUCAGUCUUGAACAGUUGCAAAUUAUAAGUACCCGCAUAUAGUUUGGAUUAUCCCGAACUCUAAGGUGCUUUAUAUCCUUACUAGACAGAAAUCAGUUAAAGUUUUCGUCUGUUUAAAUAAAAUGAAGUCCCUCGCCGUUUUGUUCUAUCCUCUGCAGGAGAUAGUUAUAGUGACACUGAUACGUCAUGCGUGUUCCCACUAUAAACCCUUCAGUGAUUGAGUUUUUCAACAACAAUAUAAAAUUUCCAAACCUUCUAAUAUGAAAGCUUCGUAAUUUUUCAGUAUCUACACAACCGGCUAGCACAAAGUUACGAGUAAAGAAUUAACAAAAAAAAAUUCUUUCAAAGGAGAAAUCUCUCAAUUAAGGAGCUAAUAAAAACGUUUUACACAUUUUUUUACAAAAAACGUUUAUCUACACAAUUUCUAAUCCUAAUAAUACAAUUUGAUACAACUUGUUGGAAGGAGCCGAUAAUAAACACGCUUCUUCAAAAACAGUCAAUCAACAUUUCUUGAAGCAAACCUAUUAUUUCACAAUUAAGAAUGAAAUGUUUUUGCAAAUUAUCUAGUAUUUAAUAAAAAUAAUCCUAAACAAAUCUUUGUUGGUUAUUAUUUUAUGUAUAGGAUUGCUUAGCUGCUCAUAUUUUCGCUCAGUUGCUAUAACCAAUUAAGCCUUCGUUGCACUGCAAAGAUUUGAGAGGAUCGAUACUAGCUGCCCUCCCCUUAAUUUUAGAAUCUGCUAUUCACAUAGGUUUAGUCUCAAGUUCUGUGGUGUUCAACGGUAACAUUGACAGUUUUUGUGGGGUGCUCUCUAUGCAUAUAUUUUGAAAAACAACAUAUAGGACGGUAACUCAUUAGGAAGAUCUCACUGAUAUAUGUAUAAGGAUUUGUUGCGGAACUCGUAACCCAGCUAUCUGUCGUGUAGUCUUUUGCAAUAAUAAUGUUACAGAUAUUGCUCAAAGGUUUGUGUGGUAUACUGACAUUAUGCAGGCGGCCAUUCAGAUUUGUUGUAGUAAAUAAUAGCGUCGCCAUUGCCAAUAAAAUUUGUAAUAAAUGCCAUUAUAGCCGUGUAGGCUUCUAGGAACCUGCUUGAAUUAAUUUUUUUUGAGUUUUUUAUGUUAGGUUUUUUCUGCUAUCCUGCAAUAGUGCUACUGACGUAUUGAGACGGUAUACAAGAUUUAAAAAAAAACAGCCAAUAGAAUGGGAAAAUGCAGCUUAAUAUAAAACAAAAAUAUCUUGUAAUCGCAUCGUGCUGUUAUUGUUAUCUUAACUUCGCCUAAACUUUAUACGUUCUCCAAAUGCACAAUUAAGAUCACAGUAUAAUGUCAAACUAUUAUAGAUCACAACUGGCCUAAUAUUGCACAAACAAUCGAAAUAAUAUAAACCUUCCCCAAAAUGCACACAAAACGGACAUUCCUAUUACAUAUUCACAACGCAAUGUCCAUGAUUUGAUUUGGACAGAAAAACAUAAUCCUGUAUACGGGUCAUUAUUUUGUAGUGUUCAAGGCAGAUUGUCUUGUCCAUUAUUAGCACAAAUAUAAAGUUCUACAAAAAAAGAUGUCCAUAAAGACCAACCUUACAUAUCUGUCUUUGUUCAUUCGCUGGCGUUCGUUCUGCUCUACGUAAGUAGAUAACAUGUUCAAUGCCCACAGCAACCUUUGUGAAGCCCGUCCAGUGCCAAUAAUCUGUAAGCAGGAUUAUUCCGGCCAAAUGGGAAUGUCAUCCUCUUUAAGGAUUUUUUUGGGUCUUUCAUGCAAAAUAUAAUUACGUAUCAACCGAUCAGUCGCCAAUUAGACUGGCAUCGAAAUAAAAAACGGGUUCCGGUGUAUCCCUUAUGAUUUGAGCGUGUGUGUAUCUAUGUGUUUCAUGCAAGCGCCGGUUCUGCAAUGGAAGUAUCAGGUCUCUAGGUAUAGGAGUUAAGAACCGAGUCCGUAGGAACGGUUCAGGUACUCUGAUUUGGUCCUAUAUAAGAAAUGCCAUGAAACUAUGACGGAACACAAGCCCUUAUCUGAUGCUGAUGCGUCCAUUCAUUCCGUCAGCACUUAUUUGGCUGAUAGCUUUCCGUACUAUCAAUUGAACGAAUGAUAUUGAGGUUAUUAAGGUCAAAAGCAUCGUUGAGCUACUUAGCACGUUUCUCCGAGAUUCGGUGAACAUUUUCCAAUCAUGCCUGAACUGAGUCAGUCACAAACUGCCACAUCUUCAUUGUACUGCAGCACCUGCAAUGCACCCUUCAGUUCAUGUUAGACUUUGAGAACACGAUUUAUACUAUAUACACCUCUUAUACUGGACGGUCGUUGAUGGCGUUGACUCGCGAGGAUGGCUUCACAUGCUUCCUUGCCAAUCGCUUUACUUUGAACAAAACUGUGUUACUGUUCUGCCAAGAUCCCUUCAUCUGUCGAUUAAUGCAGGAGAGAACUUCGAU